AUGAGCCUCUCCGCUACACGCAAGACAUUCACCCUCAAUACCUUCCGAUAUUGCACCUGUGCCACUGCCCUCCACCCAUCGCCGGACCUCCACCACCUUCUCCAGCUCUCAAUCACACACCGCUCUCUUCCACUCGCCCAACAAUCCCACGCGCGAGUCCUCACUUAUGGCCUCCACCAAAACCCAUUCAUCGCCACUAAGCUCAUCUCCGCCUACGCCCAAUUCAACCACCCAACCAACUCCAAGCUCGUCUUCGACUCCAUUCACCCUAAAAACGUGUAUCUCUGGAACUCAAUGAUCAGUGCCUACGUCAGAACCCGUCUUCACAACGAAGCUUUCAGUUUAUUCAUCGAAAUGUUGUGUUCUGCAUCCCCGGAUGAGUUUACGUUUUCGACAAUGGCGAAGGUUUCCGGCGAGGCUGGGAACUUGGCUACCGGAAAAUGGGUUCAUGGAAAGUGUGUGAGAGCUGGGUUUGUUUCGGAUAUGAUUGUCGUGAAUUCGGUGAUGUCAAUGUAUUGUAAAUGUGGGGAGUUUGGGGAGUGCAGGAAGGUGUUCGAUGAAAUGCCUGAUAGAAAUGUUGGGUCUUGGAAUGUGUUGAUCGGAGGGUUCGGGAGUGGCGGUGAGUGUGAAUUUGGGGAUGGGGUGUUGGAAAUGGUGAAGGGUAUGAUGAGGAGUGGGUUGAGACCCGACGGGUUUACUGUUUCGAGUUUGUUGGCAAUGUGUGGAGGGAAGGGUGUUGGGGGGUUGGGGUAUGGGAGGGAGAUGCAUUGUUAUGUUGUGAAGUAUCGGUUGGAGUUGAGUUUGGGUUCGGAUGUUCAUCUUGGGUGUUGUUUGGUUGAUAUGUAUUGUAGGAGUGGUAGAGUUGAUUUGGGGAGACGGGUGUUUGAGGGUAUGAAGUGUAGAAAUGUGUAUGCUUGGACGGCGAUGGUCAAUGGUUAUGUGCAGAGUGGAGGUUCUGAUGAAGGGUUGGUUCUUUUCAGGAAGAUGCAGGUGAAAGAUGGGAUAGAACCCAAUAGAGUAUCACUUGUGAGUAUUCUCCCGGGUUGUAUUUCACAUGCUGGUUUAACGGGCGGGAAACAAAUUCAUGGGUUUGCAAUUAGGAAGGAGAUGAAUCAUGAUGUAUCUUUAUGCAAUGCUUUGAUUGAUAUGUAUUGCAAAUGUGGGAGCUUGGAUUUUGCAAGGCGAGUGUUUGAGGAUGACUCGUUUUGUAAGGAUGCAAUCUCUUGGAGUUCAAUGAUAUCAGGGUAUGGAUUACAUGGAAGGGGCGAGGAAGCCAUUGUUUUGUAUAAUAAGAUGGUUCGGCUUGGAAUCAAACCGGACAUGAUAACCAUUGUUGGGGUUCUUUCUGCCUGUAGCAGGUCAGGAUUGGUAAAUGAAGGCCUUUCAGUCUAUAGCUCUGCAACAACUGAUUAUGGGAUCAAACCAAGAGUGGAGAUGUGUGCCUGUGUGGUGGAUCUGUUAGGUCGAUCAGGAGAGCUUAAUCAAGCAUUAAAUUUCAUCAAAACUAUGCCUGUAGAAGCCAGUCCAAGUGUUUGGGGGGCUUUAGUUACUGCUUCUGUAUUGCAUGGGAACCGCGACAUGCAAGAUCUAGCUUAUAAGUUCCUCAUUCAACUAGAACCCGAAAAUCCUUCAAACUAUAUCUCAGCAUCAAAUUUCUUUGCUUCUUCUAGAAGAUGGGACAUUGUAGCUGAAACACGAACAAUGAUGAAGGACAGAGGUUUGAGGAAGACACCUGGGUGCAGUUGGAUCAGCAUUACUGGUAAGACUCAUUCUUUCUUUGUUGCUGAUAAAGUACAUCCUUGUUGUGAUUCAAUCUAUGAGAUGCUUGACUUCCUCAUCUUAGUAAUUAAGGGAGCCCCCAAUUUCCAUGACUUAGUAGAAUAUUCAGCCUAG